GCGUCUUAGCUCAACAGGAUUAUUCUUACAAGGAUAUCUGGUGUCACCAUGCUGUACUUGAAAGCAAUCUUCAUUCUUCUUCUGCUGCUAUGCACUCCGCGUGCUUCAUACGAGUGCCAACCUAGCGAACGGGUGCAAGAUUGCUUGCGCGAAUGCUUACGUAAAAAUGAUACCAGCUUCUUAUGCAAGUAUUCAUGCUAUACUAAUGGCAAAUUCUUCAUCUAUUAUUGAAGCAUGCUCAAUGUCAGUUUAUGAAUCACCAUUGCGGAUAUCUUCCGUUAUUCAUAAGCUGUUUUCAAAAAUGAAAUUUUUUGCAG